AGCUCCCACUGAGAGAGAACACCGUCACAGACUCGCCGAGAGCGGGAAAGUUGGAAGUUUCGAAGACGACCCCAACGUCGCGAGCGGCGAUCCUCUGAGCUCCGACCACCGCCAUGGAAGAAACCCUAUCGCGAAUCAUCACCGACCUGGAAGAGCCCCACGUACCUCCGACCACCACCUCCUCCUCCCUCCUCCUCCAGCAGCCACCGCCGCUGUCCGAAUCGACGCUCUCGGACCUGCACCGCCUCGUCGGCGCGGACGAUCCGGAGCUCCUCGACCGGUUCUUCGAGGACCUCGCCUCGAGGAACCUCCCUCUGUCUUCCCUCGCGCGGCGCAUCGGUUCGACCAUGGGCUCAGGUAGCACCCCUCGCCUCUCUCUCCUAGCGUCGGACGUUUAUCUGUCUCUGCUUCUGUCGCCGAAUGCUCCCGUCUUGAGCCUCUUCGCUCCGAUGGCAUUUGUCUCUCUUCUGCAAUCCGUUCGGAAGUCCGUCAAGUCUCGGCAGGGGAUUCCCGAGAAAGAUUCUGGGAGUGGCGCGAGAGCUCCGGCUAAGCCGAAGAGGAAAGGAGGGAGGCGUGGCCCGGCAUCUAGGAAUUUGAGCCACGCUGGUAAUGAUGAUGUUGAGGAGACUGAGAUUGACGUGAGGCUUUUCUUCGAUGUGUUGGAGAAGCUGGUUUUGGUGAUGGAUUUGAUUCAUUUGGAUAGAUUUCCAGAUAGUUUGAAGUCUUUAGUACACACAGUAGCUGAACUUCCAACAAUGGUGCCUGACUCUUUCUGCAACUCGAGUGUAUAUUGCAAGCUGACUAACUUGUGUUCGCAGCUCUUAAGGGCAGCGUUGAGGCCUGAGCAUGGAGAACAGGCUAAUUCUGCUGCAGAGAUUUUGAAAUCUUUGUCUCCAUUGAUCUUGUUAGCUAAAUCAGAAGUGAGGACGUUUGCUUUGAGUUUUGUGACUAAUUGUAUGGUAGAAGCGGGGAAAGAGUGGGAAGGCCUAAGGAAAGCUGUGGUAAAUUUGCCGAAAUAUCUGGUCCAGAAGGCCCCAGAGAAGUCCGAGUUUCGUGCCUCGGCAGUGGACUCAAUAAUGGAGAUAUUUAGAGCUCUGGAACAUGGUGAUCAGGUCAGCUUUGUGGAAUAUGUGGUGAAGAUGACAGAAGGUAAAAGUAGUUUCAGGCUCUUGGCUGUUGAUCUUAUUCUCCCAAUUGUGAUGUUAUUGAAGGAUACACUUGGUGUUCGAGCGAAUGAAGUGAAUGAUUCGUGGGGGUUGAGAUGUUUGCAAGCCUUGAUUAAGCGCUGUUCCGAUUCGAACGCUGCUAUUAGAGCACGCGCUUUAUCAAAUCUAGUUCAAUUGGUAGGGUCUUUUGCACAUGAUGAUAGGAGUUGCAAGAUUCUGAAGGAAGUACUGGGGAUUGGAGAAGGAGUUGGUCAGAAAACAGAGGCCACUAUAAAUAAUCUUUUGAAGAUUCGGUGUCUGGAUGAGAAGGCAGCAGUCAGGAAGGCUGCACUUCAUCUGCUCACCAAGUUGACAUCUUUUUUCAGUGGUUCUAUUGAUGGAGUUUUGGUAAAGACAAUGGGUAUGGCUUGUUCUGAUCCGCUUGUCAGUAUAAGGAAAGCAGCAGUAUCAGCCCUCUCUGAGGCCUUCAGGAAAUUUCCAGAUGGAAUUGUAGCAACUGAGUGGUUGCAUUCUGUCCCUCGCUUAAUAAGUGACAAUGAAUCAAGCAUCCAGGAGGAAUGUGAGAACUUGUUCCUAGAACUGGUUUUAGAAAAGAUAUCAAGAGCAGGAUCAGCUGGUUCUUCUCAUAAUUACUCUGCUCCAUAUAAGUUGCACGACAAGGAAAGGGAUUUUGAAAGGCAGAUUGACUUACUAUUUCCAGAUGGAGCAUUGGCUCUUUUGCGAGAGAUUUGCAACGGUGAAGUAGUGCCUUGGAUAAAGAAGAUCUGCAAAAGUCUUGGCAAGAAAAAUCGGCUUAGGCCUGUAGUAGCUACAGCUCUUCAGAAUAUGAUUAGAGCGUCAGAGUCUCUAUGGUUAAGUCAGUCGCUGCCAAUUGAAAAGUGGACAGCUCCACAAGGUGCGUGGUUUCUUCUAUCAGAGGUGUCAGCAUUCCUUCCGAAUGCUGUUGACUGGGAAUUCCUCCAUCAUCACUGGCAACUCCUCGACAAAACUAGAUUGGGAUGUGAGAUAAAGACUCCACUUACCCAAGGAGAUUGGCAUGAAGACAAUGAUGACGUGGAACCCUACUCUGUCACUUGGGCUGGUGAUCGUGUUUUCCUCUUGCAAACAAUGUCUAAUAUUUCUCUUGAGCUGCCUUCGGACCCUGCUGCAGACUUGGCUCAUAAUUUACUGAAACGAAUUGAAGGAUUUAAUAUGCACCCAACAGAGGUCAAUGCUCAUGUAAAUGUUCUUAGAACGGUGUGCAAGCAGAAGGCUUUAAGUGUAGGAGAGGCUGACGCACUUAUUCUAAGAUGGGUAAGACAACUUCUCUCUAAAGCCACCCAAGUUAUAGAAAAGUUCCUUUCUGAGAACACACAAGCAAAUGAAGAAGGCAGCUUCUUCACACCUCCGAGAAGUGGGAAUAGAAGAGGUAGAAGAUCUAUGACGACAUCCGAAUUACUGUCACAAGCAACAAUUGCAGCUUAUACAGUUGGUUCUUUAGUUAUUGUUUGUCCUUCAGCAGACUUGAGCCAAGUGAUCCCAUUAUUGCACAAGAUCAUUACUUCUGGAGAUCGCCAUCCAAAAUCAAAGUUGUUACUGGCUCCUCAAGUUUCUCUGAAGCAGAUAGCUGGAUCAUUGUAUAUACAGGGGUGGUUAACAAUGGGAAAGAUUUGCCUUGUAGAUGGGAAAAUUGCAAAGCGUUAUAUACCCCUGUUUGUGCAGGAGCUUGAGAAAAGUGAUUCUGCCGCUCUUAGGAACAAUCUUGUUGUGAUGAUGGCGGAUUUUUGCGUUCGUUACACUGCUUUAAUUGAUUGUCACAUAGCAAAGAUCACAAGGUGUCUGGGUGAUCCGUGCGAACUUGUCAGGAGGCAGACUUUCAUACUUCUGUCAAGAUUGCUCCAGAGGGACUAUGUGAAAUGGAGGGGAGUGCUCUUUCUUCGAUUUCUUUUGUCUCUGGUGGAUGAAUCUGAAAAGAUCAGAGAACUUGCUGAUUUUCUCUUUGGAAAUAUUCUAAGAGUCAAAGCACCACUUUUAGCUUAUAACAGUUUUGUGGAAGCAAUUUUUGUUCUGAAUGAUUGCCGUGCACACGGUGGACAUUGUAGUUCACAGAGUUCGCAGUCUGAGAGCCGGCUAUUUUCCAUAAGGGGCAUCGAUGAAAUUUCAAGGUCCAAGAGAAUGCGCAUUUACACUUGUUUGCUGAAACAAAUGGCCCCCGAGCACUUGUUGGCCACAUUUGCCAAGAUUUGUGCAGAGAUACUUGCAGCGGCAUCUGAUGGUAUGCUCAAUAUCGAAGAUGCUACUGGACAGUCAGUUCUACAGGAUGCUUUUCAGAUUCUUGCUUGCAAGGAGAUCCGCCUCCCGACAAGCCGGAAUUCCACAUUAGAGUCUCCCGAAAUGGAUGAAGAAAGCAAUGGUUCUGGUGGAACAUCGGCUGCGGCUGCUAAGGGACGGGUGAUAAGUCAAGCAGUAAGAAAGAGCCUCAUACAAAACACCAUUCCCAUUUUCAUAGAGCUGAAGAGACUACUAGAGAGCAAGAACAGCCCCCUCACGGGUUCCCUCAUGGAUUGCCUCCGUCUCCUCCUCAAGGACUACAAGAAUGAGAUAGACGACAUAUUGGUUGCCGAUAAGCAGCUCCAAAGAGAGCUCUUGUAUGACAUGCAGAAACAUGAAUCUGCAACGGCCAGAUCAGAAGCUGCAGAGGCCGUUGCUGUAAUGGAAAAAUCAGGGAAUAAUCAUACGCCUCAGGCUUCCAACGCUCCCAGGGGAAUGUCACGCCAGAACAAGUCCUCUAACGAGUUGCAGAGCAAUUCUAGAGUGGCUUCGGCUCUGGCAGACGCCGCAGCCGAGGCCACAGCGCGGUCUGUGCUCAGGGAAGUAAACAGAGGGACUUCCACGCCACCUCUGAGUUCUCUCAAAGUGCCCAAGGUCAGGUCUUGCAAUGGAGCGACACGCAGUAGGGGCGCUCCAAGCAAUCGUCCCCGAGAAGUACUGGAAUCUUUGAGAAGGCAACCCUUUGGUUCUGAUGACGAAGGUUAGAGCCCGCGAAUGAAUCAUGUGCUGUUCUGCUUUACCUGAAAAUGAAAGCCAUUGUAAAUUGUCUAGAUGUGCAGUCUGUACCAUGAGCAAGUUUGUAAUGCGUCAAUACAUUCGUGGUGUCGUAUUGGAUUAAGCAUAGGGUGUACUAUGCAUACUUUCAAUUUUACAGCACCACUUUACACAUUUUGGGAAUGUUUAUAGAAUCGGCCGUGAACUUUGACUUCAAUGUACAGUUUGUCUUACACUUUAUUUGGGUCAAGUCGAUUAUUUUAUGGCG